AUGGCCGCUAUUGCCCGCCGUACAGAGACCAUCCGAAAAGUGGACUUCCUCGCGGGACCGGGAAAUGCAUUUGUCGCGGAGGGGAAGCGGCAGUUGUUUGGCGAGGUGGGCAUCGACCUCUUCGCAGGCCCGACGGAGAUUCUGAUCGUCGCGGAUGAGACGGCCGAUCCAUUCACGGUAGCGACCGACCUUCUGUCACAAGCUGAACAUGGGCCGGAUUCGCCGGCUGUGCUCAUAACGACCUCAGAGCGCGUGGGACGGGCAGCCAUCGACAUCAUCAACCAGCUGCUUCCGAAUCUAUCCACGCGCGAGCUGGCGGGCACAUCGUGGGACCGGUUCGGGGAAGCCAUCCUGGUGGACUCCCUUGACGAGGCGUGGCGACUGGCGGAUGAGUAUGCAAGUGAACAUGUGCAGAUCUUCACCAAGCGGCCUCGUGAGGCACUAGAGAAGAUGACAGCGUAUGGAGCGCUUUUCUUGGGGGAAAAGACAUGCGUGUCGUAUGGUGAUAAGGUCAUCGGAACGAACCAUGUCCUACCCACCAAAAAGGCAGCGCGGUAUACAGGAGGUCUUUGGGUGGGCAAGUAUCUGCGCACGGUGACUUACCAGGAAGUGACUAGUAGCACCGCCAGUGGGGAGCUGGGUCGGCUGUGUGGUCGAGCUGCAAGGGCGGAGCAGUUUGAGGGCCAUGCGCGCUCGGGAGAUCUACGGGCCCAGAAGUACCUGGGGGAUAAGUAUGACUGGAUUGCCUCGUCUGAUCAAGCCAACUUGUGA